UGUGGUCACAUGGGUGGAUUCCCGCGGGUGGCGGGUUUGGGUCACGUGACGCGCGCAAGAUGGCGGUUCCCGGGGACGGUGCCGAUCUGGAAGCCUCACUGCUGAGUUUUGAGAAGCUUGACCGGGCUUCUCCGGAUCUGUGGCCUGAGCAGUUGCCCGGCGUCGCCGAGUUCGCCGCCUCCUUCAAAAGCCCUAUUACAAACUCACCUCCCAAAUGGAUGGCUGAACUGGAAAAUGAUGAUAUCGAUAUGUUAAAGGAGCUGGGAAGCCUCACUAUAGCUAACCUGAUGGAAAAGGUUCGUGGCCUGCAGAACUUGGCUUAUCAGCUGGGACUGGAUGAAUCUAGAGAAAUGACUCGGGGGAAGUUCCUGAACAUCUUAGAGAAACCCAAGAAGUAACUGCAGCAUCAGAAGCUGGGACAAUAAAGUAUCCUGACUGGAUCAUAUUAUGUACUAUGGAUCCAGAUGAACUCCAAAACUUCUAAGAAGUGCAAAGCUCUUGCUGUAGACCCUCAGAAGCAAGCACCUCUUUUACUUCCACAGCUCUUCUCUUUGCAGGAGAGACAUACUGCAUACGCAGGUUACUAGGCCUGUGAUUAGGUGCGUUGGAAUUCAUACUUCUUCCUGCCUUAAGAUACCCAAAUGGAAGGAUUUGACCCUGGCAUGCAACAACAAAGUCACCUGAUGGGUUGUUUUUUGUAUUUUUUAGUCAGUUAUUCAAAGUGUGCCCCCAUUGUGACCUUACUGGAUUGUUCUCGAGUGGCAGCACCAGUGUAAAGUACACAGCAGCUCUUCAUGAGACUGGCCAGCAUGCAUCCUGUUGCAUUGGCCCUCUUGUGUGUCUUGUACAUGCAUUGGUUUCCUACACACAAAUUCUGUGUUGAAUGACUGUACAACAGUUUGGGGUGCGGUCUGAGACAGAUAGCAGUGGUUCUGCAGAACAUUUGCUUUUAGUGUAGAAAUUGAGUGCAGUUUGCAUUAGAUUCCAGUUGAUCUCUGCCUUCAGAGAAAUGUGCCCAGUACCACAAAGAGGAUCUUCAGUCUGUUGGUCCUUUCACUUCCUAUGGCUUGUAUCAACUAUUGUGUGUAUUGAGAGCUUACAGUGCUACAGUUUUCUAGUGAAAUCUUGGCUGACAGAUACAGGGGCUAUGAAGCCUUACUAUACCAUGAAGGAAAUAGCUGCCAUAGCAAGUUCAGCAUAUACACAAAGAAACAGCUUUGUCUGCUCUGCAAUUCUCUAUUUGCUUCGUACAGAGCUAGAAACAGAGGAGAGUUAUAAGGUUGAAAGGCAGUAAUGUUUUUAAUACUCCAAAAUUGGGCAGGCUUGUGAGCCCCAUCAUGGGGAUACUCUGCUUAAAUGGAGUCUUCACACUUCUAAAAGUAGCAAAACUAGGAUCUCAAAAUUAGGUUCACCUGCAAAAAUAAAAUUCUGAAGGGAGAAUUUUGUGUGACCCAGUCUCUUAGCACACAGUUCUGGACUUCACUCAUUUUAUAAUUUAAUGCAUUGUCUUUCUGUUAAUGCACUUCUGCAUUGUCAGCCCUAAGAAGUUGAGAAGCAUGUUCGGAUUUUGUUUGCAAGAACUUUUUCAUCCUAUUUUUCUAGGAAAUAAUAGUUUAAGUGUUAGUAACUAUGAUCUUUCUAGGGUAUAGCAUAGUAUUAUACAUUGGAUAAAGAAUAGGGUUUCUUUUCCAUUUAAAAAUGUUACUUUUAGCAUCCAUGCUUUUCAAAGUCUGUCAUCUCCCAGACUGAUAAUCACAUAUGAGAGGAGAAAUGUCUUGGAAAUAGUGCUUGUGCCUCAUUGUUAACAGGCUGCCUUUAGAGCAUUGCAAAUGUCUGUCUUUGCAGAGAGAGACUGUUUUCAGUUACAUGUGUGAUAAAGGAGAUUUUUAAUCAAAUAGA